AUGAACCCCGAUGCGAGUUUGAUUACUGCGCUCGUAGAGCGGUGGCGACCCGAGACGUCGACCUUCCAUCUACCGUGUGGUGAGAUCACGAUCACGUUAGAGGACGUUGUUACACUGUCCGGUUUGGCGAUCGACGGUGAUGCCGUCGUAGUUGAUAUACCGGAUGAGGAGUGGUCGGCGAUCUGUUUGCGACUGUUAGGACGGGUUCCUUAUGAUCUUGUAGGCGGGGUCGCUAUUGUUAGGAUUGUUUGGCUGAGGGUUUUUGUGCUGGCUGGCAGAAAUUCUUGA